UCCCGGAAGUGGCCGAGACUUCCCUCGAGUGGAGUCCAGCCAGUUUGGCUGAGGAGUGACAACUAUGGACGCGUCGUCCCAAAAACAAGAAGAAGGCAAAAAAGAACAACACUCGGCCUUUGUCAAACUAACCUCCGCUCUUUUUUACGCCGCGAGUUCGCUUCUCAUCACAGUGGUAAACAAAAGUGUUCUGACGAGCUUCAGGUUUCCGUCCUAUAUGUGCCUAGGGGUGGGCCAGAUGCUCACCACCCUUGCUGUUCUCCAAGUGGCAAAAAUGAGCAAAAAAGUGCACUUUCAAGAUUUUGACAGUGGAAUAUUCUGGAAAGUUUUCCCUCUUCCUUUGCUGUACAUGGGGAAUCACAUCACAGGACUGGCCAGCACCAAAAAGCUCAGCUUACCCAUGUUUACAGUCUUGCGGAAAUUCACCAUACUGAUGACAAUGACCAUGGAAGUGUACUUAUUAAGAAAAACAUUUCCCAGAAGACUUGUGUACAGCGUUGUGACCAUCGUCUUUGGUGCCGUCAUUGCUGCUAGUUCGGAUCUAGCCUUUGAUGUGGAAGCUUACGCCUUCAUCUUGGUUAAUGAUGUCUUCACUGCAGCCAGCAAUGUUUACACCAAGAUGAAAAUUGGCACAGAGGGCCUUGGGAAAUAUGGCGUUUUGUUUUACAAUGCACUCAUUAUUGUGGUGCCCACACUCUUGGCAAGUGCAUUCACUGGAGACUUACACCAGGCGGUCACAUUUGAAGACUGGGUUGACGCCACCUUUGUUUUCUGCUUCCUGCUAUCCUGCAUCAUGGGGUUCGUGCUAAUGUAUUCCAUCGUCCUAUGCAGUUAUUAUAACUCAGCGCUCACCACCACAGUCGUGGGUGCAGUCAAGAAUGUUGCAGUGGCCUUUAUCGGCAUGUUUGUGGGCGGGGACUACCUCUUCUCUUGGAAUAACUUCCUGGGCCUCAGUAUUUGUCUGGCUGGUGGACUUGCUUAUUCGUAUCUAACAUUUAACACCCAAACAUCACAGCGAACCAAUGAAGCAUCAGAUCUGAAGAUUCUCGCUGCAGAAGAGCCCUCACUCAAAACAACUGUUCACUAAUAUAUACUAUCAUGGUAGGUCAACACUUGGUGGUGCUGUUUUGCUCCAUAUUGGAGUGUCAAGACAAUUUAAUAAAAAUACAAAUGUUGCAGAAGGGAGGAAAAACAAUACAGAAUGUACGGAUCAGGUUGUGUGAAUGU